AUGGCGCACAGUUCUCAGAACGGCAUGUCCCGAAUGAACUGUCAUCCUCAAUACUAUCUUAGAGAUGGUAAUAUCACCUUCCACGUUGAAAGGACUCUGUUUCGUGUCCACCGACACUUCUUCGAGCGCGAGUCGCUAUUCUUCUUGCAGGCAUUUGCAAGGGUUCCUCAGGGGGGAACCACUGAUACCAGCGCGUUUCGACUCGAUGAAGUCACCGCUGCCGAUUUUACGAAAAUUUUAUGGGUCUGGUAUAGUCCACGCGGAAGCCUGAGUGAACCAAAAGAGCAUUGGCUCACCAUACUGGAGCUCUCGACAAAGUGGCAAUUCCUAAAUAUGCAGAAGCUUGCCAUCGAUGAGCUCGAGAAGCUCGAUAUAGAGCCCAUUGAGAAAAUCACUACGUACGACAAAUACAAGAUCAAUAAAUUACUCCUCUUGCCUGCAUACAAGCUCCUGUGCAGGCGGACGACCCGAAUAACCGAUGAGGAGGGUGAGCAACUCAAGGUACCCACCCUCCUCAGGAUAUUCGAGGCUCGUGAGCGUGCGAGGAGCGCAGCGGGGGGCAGGCGCGCAGGCCUGAUGGAGGGCAGGCGCGCAGGCCCGACCUCCGCUGAUGCAGACGACGAGGAGUUGGAAAAUAUUUUGAUUGAUGUGUUCGAACUCAACAGU